AAGUCCUGCAAAUUGGGGCAAAAGGGGAGAAAGAAGGAAACACUCACUCAUUUUGUUCGUAUGCAUCACAACUGCCUUUCCCAAACAAUACCACGACAGCUGCUGUGCCAAUGUUUGUUUACACAGUCCCCCAUUUGGCUUCGGUGCCAACCACGUUCCUCGCCCCCCGCCCCCACACACCCAGCAGCGUCCUUCGAAUUCAAUCAUCAAUGAACAAGCGUUGCGAUUGAUGACACACCCCAACUGCACGUCUUGGGUUACGUUCCGGCCGCGGACGCACGGCGCUAGGCUCCCGUACGUACCUAAAUUGGUAAACUUUGGAUGCUCCAGUUGGCCAUCGGUUUGUAGCCAGUAGGGAGAGCAGAAAGCGAUCAGAAUAAACAAAAAGGCAAACGCCGUAAAUCCGACCGCAAACUUUCCCGUUCUUGUGCUUGCGCCCAUUUUGACGUUUGUGUGAAGACUGAAUCAAGCUGCAGGAUUGAAAGUGAUGGAAUGCAGCGGCGUACUCGAACGACCACCCGAUGAUCGAUGUACGUUGGAUUUAAAAUGUGUCUUACAAUCAUUCACGAAAAGUGUGAUGUUUUUGAAACAUCUUAAUAACUUUUUCAAUCGAUCUGCCGUACAGGGGUUUAUUUUUAGUUCGUUUCAUUUUAAUUCGCUCCUCAUUUCUCUGCUCGAAAUGUCCACACCACCUCUAUACCUACCUUGGAUGAUAACUGCUCGAACGAAUGGCAUCCAAAAAACAACAUGCAAAAUAACCAACAACAACACGACGACGACGACGACGGCCAAUAAUUGACGCGCCUUUCAUGUAAACAAACGGAAAGGCUCGACGCGUAGCGCUUGUUUUGGUGCAUUUUUGUUCGGACCCGCUUGAAAUGGCCCGCCGGAAUGUGUGGACGCCGGAGGAAACCCGGGAACUGCUGGCAAUCAUCAAGGAGCUGGAUUUGAUGAAGCUGUUCGGCGAGGAGCGCAACACCAAGCUGUACCAAAUCACGGAGAACGAGAUGAAACAGCGCGGGUACUUCGACAAGGACGCUUUUCAGAUCGAACACAAGUGGAAAAAUCUAAAGCGUUCGUACUACAAAACAAAGCGCGAAAACUACCUGGCAGAGUCGUGCGAAUAUUUCGAGGAACUGGACGAGCUGAUGGCCAUGAAGCCACCGGCACCGUCGAGUUCCAAAGGCAAAGAAUCUGCCAGCCAACCGAAGCGACCGAGAGCGGUGCUGGAAAACUUUGACGUGCUGCUAACCAAGCUGGCCAAGGUGGAUCGGGAAAAUAACGAAGAGUUUUUCAAAAAACAGAAAGACCUAGUAGACUACGAAUUUGACCUGUUCACGCAUGACGAGCGCCAGUACACGACGAAGGUGUCGCAAAUGCUGAACCGCAACAUGAACGAUUUCUGCGUGAAAGCGCAGCAGAUUUUGUUGCAGGAAGGGGUGGUGAUACGGAUCAUCGAUGAAACGCCUACCAUGGAGGAUAGUACGGAGGAGCUCGAGCUGCAAUCCAGCGAGCAGCUGGCGCACCCGGUUGUGAAGAAGGAAAUUGUGAAGGAGUUUUACCAAACGUGGCGAGAGGAGGAACCAUUCUAAAGUAGCGGGUGGCGCUGACGUCUACCGUUUCUCCGGCACACACAUGCUAAAUGAUAAAUAUUGAAAACGAAAAUUCAAUUAUGCUAAGUAAAUUGUAAUCAUAUUUAGUUUAUUCGUCUCAAUAAUCAUAGCUUAACAAAUUGCA